AUGAAUGAUUCCGUUUUAACGCAACAGCGACCUGAAGUUAAUGAAUCAUUAUUACAUUAUCAGAGUAAUAAUAGUAGUGGUAGUUCAUUGAAUGCAAGACAGUAUGUUACUAAGAGUGGUUGUGAGCAAGAAGAAAUGAAAAGGUGGAGUUGGACAUGGUGGAAAGAAUUGACUAUUAUUCUCACGGUGUUUGCUAUCACUGGAUCAACAACCGUUAGAAUUGUUAGACCAAUUGUCACUAAUGUAUUUGGAAUUGAAGGUGGUUUCAUAGAUGGUCCAUGGUCUUAUAGGCUUACGUAUCUCAGUAUAACUCUUCCGUUAUACUCUUUGAUAUUAUUGGUUGUAGGAACCAUUUUUAGACGUCACAAUUAUUUUAAAGGAAUCGUAUUGAGGAUGUGGGGAAGAUUUAUUCCUAAUCGAUUAACUAAAAUUAAACGUGAUGACAGUUUGGUGUGA